AUGGCAGACAUGAGCGCAAGCGAAAGGCUCGCCCUUAUCACAGAAAACCUGCAAGAGGUGCUCAAUCAGCCUCUGAUUGAGGAUAUCCUCGCAGAGGGGGGACACCCAAAGAUCUACUGGGGUAUAGAACUAGCUCGACUGGCAAACCCCAUUGCGGAUACUUCAGUACGGAUACCCUUUAUGAUCACCGACGACAACAACACUGAGUCUAAUACGUCUAUCUAUGCAGUACCGGCAGUGAAAAUUGCACAGUUUCUAGCAGCUGGCUGCGAUAUUACUGUACUUAUAGCUGAUAUUCACGCGUACCUUGAUAAUCUGAAGGCACCACUUGAGCUUGUCGAAUACCGGGCGAAAUACUAUCAGUUCAUAAUUACCGCCAUGCUGCAGGCUGUUGGUGUUGCAACCGAAAAACUCAAGUUUGUACUUGGCAGCUCUUAUCAAACGAGUUCUAAAUAUGUCAUGGAUGUUUACAAGCUAUCCUCCUUGGUUACUGAGCACGAAGCCAAACGAGCCGGUAGUGAGAUCGUGAAACAGUCGAAUGCUGGCCCUCUGAGCGGCCUUCUCUACCCAAUUCUCCAGAUUUUAGACGAAGAACACCUAGGCUGUGAUGCGCAGUUUGGAGGAGUUGAUCAGAGGAAACUAUUUGCAGCAUCUAUUGAUUGGAGCUCAAAAGUGGGCCAUAGACGUCGCGCACACCUCAUGAACCCCAUGGCCCCUGGGUUGACUGGUGGUAAAAUGAGCUCCAGUGAAGAGGAUAGCAAGAUCGAUCUACUCGAAGCCCCGGAAAGUGUGAGGAAGAAGAUUCGCAAAGCCCAAACCGCCCCGCGAGAAGUUGAACACAACGGCAUCCUUGCAUUCGUACAAUACGUCCUUCUUCCGGUUUCCAAAUUAAAGAAUGGAAGCCCCGAGUUCCGCGUUAGUCGUGAGAGAGAUGGUCUAGAGCCCCUCGUCUACACUAACAUUGAGAAGAUGCAUGAAGAUUACAAGAAUGACGUCUUGACACCCCAGCUACUCAAACCUUGCGUAGCGGAUGCCUUGAUCGAAAUCAUGGCACCGAUGCGGGCAGCAUUUGAAGCAUCGCCCGAGUGGCAGGAGGUCGCAAUAAAAGCGUACCCCCCAGUUCAAAAGCAAAAGAAGGAGAAAAAGCAGAAAGACAAAGGAACUCGUCACCCUGGUGCGAUGAAGGAGGAGACACCGAACCCCGCAGAGAAUCAAUAG